GAUCAUAAUGAAUCAGAUUACAUGGAGAGGGACCUGAUCCUAGAUCAUAAUGAAUCAGAUUACAUGGAGAGGGAGACCUGAUUCUAGAUCAUAAUGAAUCAGAUUACAUGGAGAGGGGGGACCUGAUCCUAGAUCAUAAUUAAUCAGAUUACAUGGAGAGGGGGACUGAUCCUAGAUCAUAAUGAAUCAGAUUACAUGGAGAGGACCUGAUCCUAGAUCAUAAUGAAUCAGAUUACAUGGAGAGGGAGACCUGAUUCUAGAUCAUAAUGAAUCAGAUUACAUGGAGAGGGAGGCCUGAUUCUAGAUCAUAAUUAAUCAGAUAACAUGGAGAGGGGGACCUAAUCCUAGAUCAUAAUGAAUCAGAUUACAUGGAGAGGACCUGAUCCUAGAUCAGCACUUCAACUCUGGGACACUGCUUGUAUGAAACAGAACACAUAGUUGUAAAGUCUAGAUACAAGGUGUUUACUGCCAUCUAGUGGAAGAUACCAAUAUAACACUUUAUUAUCAGGGUGGGGAGGCGGCUGAGCUGAAACAGAAAGUAAAGUUGUUCUUUUGUUCAGGAUCCAUUUUGAGACGACAGAGCAGAAAACACUAUAUGGAGAGAACUGAAAAAUAAAGGGUCAGUGCUCUAAAAUGAGUCUCUCUGGGGAGAGAGAGGAGGGGGGCCCUGCCUCUAAAAUGAGUCUCUCUGGGGAGAGAGAGGAGGGGGGCCCUGCCUCUAAAAUGCAUCUCUCUGGGGGAGAUGACACCAAAGCAAAGAGACCAAUCCAGCAGGAGAGACCAGCCUCCCCUGUUCCCAGCUGUGUGUCCAUGAAGAGUGACUGGUCUAUGGAUCCUCCUAUAAACUUUAGAGAGGGAGACUUUUCUACUGAACAAAGACCAAUCAAGCAGGAGAGACCAGCCUCCUCUCUUCCCAGCUGUGUGUCCAUGAAGAGUGACCAGUCUAUGAAUCUACCUCUAAACUUUAGAAAGGGAUACUUUUCUACUGAACAAAGAAACCAACAGGAGAGAUCAGAGUCAGAGAUUCUCCGUGGUCAGUCUUCCCAGAGUCAUCAAACAGACCUGGCCUCCAUAUUCAGUAUGCUUGAAGAGAAAAUUAUGACAUUUGUGAAGAACGAGCUGAAGAUAUUCAAGAGGAUUCUUAGUCCAGAACUCCCAGAAGGCUUUGAGAGUCAGAAGCAGGAUAAGGAAGUGGUGGAUGCUGAAGAUGAGCAGCAGGAGAGCAGUGCCAGAGAGGGGGCUCUGAAGAUCACACUGCACAUCCUGAGGAAAAUGAACCAGAAGGAGCUUGCUGACACACUGGAGAAAUAUGAGCUUGCUGUGAUUUGCCAACGUGAACUCAAAUCUAAUCUAAAGAAGAAGUUUCAAUGUGUAUUUGAGGGGAUCGCUAAACAAGGAAACCCAACACUUCUCAAUAAGAUCUACACAGAGCUCUACAUCACAGAGGGUGGAACAGGAGAGGUCAAUAAUGAACAUGAGCUGAGACAGAUUGAGACAACAACCAGGAAACAAGCAAGACCAGAGACUGCAAUCAAAUGUAACGACAUCUUCAAACCCUUAACUGGACAAGACAAACCUAUCAGAACUGUGCUGACAAAGGGAGUCGCUGGCAUUGGAAAAACAGUCUCUGUGCAGAAGUUCAUUCUGGACUGGGCUGAAGGAAAAGCAAAUCAGGAUGUCCAAUUUGUAUUUUCAUUACCUUUCAGGGAGCUGAAUUUGAUGAAAGAGGACAAAUGCACUUUCAUUGAACUUCUCAAUCACUUCUCAAUGGAAACCAAACAAUCAAGAAUCUCCAACUACGACAACUACAAAGUUCUGUUCAUCUUUGAUGGUCUGGAUGAGUGCCGACUGCCCCUAGACUUCCAGAAGAACAAGAUCUGUUGGGACGUCACAGAGUCAACCUCAGUGGAUGUUCUGCUGACAAAUCUCAUCAAGGGAAAUCUGCUUCCCUCUGCUCUCCUCUGGAUAACUACCCGACCUGCAGCAGCCAAUAAGAUCCCUUCAGUGUGUGUUGACCAGGUGACAGAGGUACGAGGGUUCAAUGACCCACAGAAGGAGGAGUACUUCAUGAAGAGAUUCAGUGAUGAGGACCUGGCCAGCAGAAUCAUCUCACACAUAAAGACAUCAAGGAGCCUCCACAUCAUGUGCCACAUUCCAGUCUUCUGUUGGAUUUCUGCAACAGUCCUUGAACACAUGUUAAGUACAGAGAAGAGAGAAGAGAUGCCCAAGACUCUGACUGAGAUGUACACACACCUUGUGGUGUUUCAUACCAAACAGAAGAAUGAAAAGUAUCUUGGGAAAGAAGAGACAGAUCCACACUGGAAUAAAGAGAGCAUUCUGUCACUGGGAAAACUGGCUUUUCAACAGCUUGUGAAGGGCAAUCUGAUUUUCUAUGAAGAAGACCUGAAAGAGGCUGGCAUUGAUGUCAAUGAAGCCUCAGUGUACUCAGGAUUGUGCACACAGCUCUUUAAAGAGGAACGUGGGCUGUACCAGUACAAGGUGUACUGCUUUUUUCAUCUGAGCAUUCAGGAGUUUCUGGCUGCUGUAUAUGUGUUCCUCUCAUUCAUCAACAACAAUGAGAAUCUAAUGGACAAACUGCAAACAAAAGACAAGUCUGUAGUUACUUUCUACAAGAGUGCUGUGGAUAAAGCCUUACAAAGUGAGACAGGAAACCUGGACCUUUUCCUUCGCUUCCUUCUGGGCCUCUCACUGGAGUCCAAUCAGAAGCACUUACGAGGUCUACUGACAAAGACAAGAAGCAGCUCACAGAGCCAUGAAGAAACAGUGAAGUACAUCAAGGAGAAGAUCGGGAAUCUCUCUCCAGAGAGGAGCAUCAAUCUGUUCCACUGUCUGAAUGAACUGAAUGACCAUUCUCUAGUGGAGGAGAUCCAAAGCUACCUGAGAUCAGGAAGUCUCUCAGAAGACGACCUGUCACCUGGACAGUGGUCAGCUCUGGUCUUUGUGUUGCUGACUUCAGAAAAGGAGCUGGAUGUGUUUGACCUGAAGAAAUACUCCAGAUCAGAGGAAGGUCUUCUGAGGCUGCUGCCAGUGGUCAAAGCCUCCAGAGCUGCUCUGCUGUCAGGCUGUGGAGUCACAGAGGAAGGCUGUGCUUCUCUGGUCUCAGCUCUGAGGUCAAACCCCUCACACCUGAGAGAGCUGGAUCUGAGUAACAAUGACCUGAAGGAUUCAGGAGUGGAGCUGCUCUCUGCUGGACUGGGGAAUCCCCACUGUAAACUGGAGACUCUGAGGCUGUCAGGCUGUCUAGUCACAGAGGAAGGCUGUGCUUCUCUGGUCUCAGCUCUGAGGUCAAACCCCUCACACCUGAGAGAGCUGGACCUGAGCUACAAUCACCCAGGAGACUCAGGAGUCAGACUGCUCUCUGCUGGACUGGAGGAUCCACACUGCAGACUGGAGAAACUCAAUGUGGAACAUGGUGGAGAGAACAGAAUGAAACCUGGACUUAGAAAAUAUGUCUGUGAUCUCACACUGGACCCAAACACAGUAAACAGACUCCUCUCUCUGUCUGAGGAGAACAGAAAGGUGACAUGGAGGACAGAGGAGCAGCCGUAUCCUGAUCACCCAGAGAGAUUUGAGGACUGUGGACAGGUGCUGUGUAGAGAGGGUCUGACUGGGCGCUGUUACUGGGAGGUAGAGUGGAGUGGGAUAAUGGGGGCUGUUAUAGGAGUGACAUAUAAAGGAAUCAGCAGGAGAGGAUGGGGUGAUGACUGUUGUCUUGGAUACAAUGACAAGUCCUGGAGUCUGUUCUGCUAUGACAACAGUUACAUUGCCUGGCACAAUAAUAAUCACACUACCAUAGACGUCCCCUCCUCCAGCCCCCACAGAGUAGGAGUGUAUCUGGACUGGCCAGCCGGCACUCUGUCCUUCUAUAGAGCCUCCUCUGACACACUGACACACCUGUACACAUUCACCUCCACAUUCACUGAGCCCCUCUAUCCAGGGAUUAGGGUUUGUUAUGACUCCUCAGUGUCCCUGAAAUAAUAACCUGACACACACAUACACACACUGGACUCACGAACACACACACACAUACUGGACUCACGAACACACACACACAUACUGGACAAAAACACACACACACACACACACAUACUGGACAAAAACACACACACACACACUCAACUCACGAACACACACACACAUACUGGACAAAAACACACACACACACACUGGACUCACGAACACACACACACAUACUGGACAAAAACACACACUGGACUCACGAACACACACACACAUACUGGACAAAAACACACACACACACACUGGACUCACACACACACACACACACACUGGACUCACACACGCCCACACACACUGGACUCACACACACACACACACACCCACACACACUGGACUCACACUGGACUCACACACACACACACACACACACUCACUCACACACACUGGACUCACACACACCCUGAACACACACUGGACUCACGAACACACACACACAUACUGGACUCACGAACACACACACACAUACUGGACAAAAACACACACACACACACACACAUACUGGACAAAAACACACACACACACACUCAACUCACGAACACACACACACAUACUGGACAAAAACACACACACACACACUGGACUCACGAACACACACACACAUACUGGACAAAAACACACACUGGACUCCGAACACACACACACAUACUGGACAAAAACACACACACACACACUGGACUCACACACACACACACACACACUGGACUCACACACGCCCACACACACUGGACUCACACACACACACACACACCCACACACACUGGACUCACACUGGACUCACACACACACACACACACACACUCACUCACACACACUGGACUCACACACACCCUGAACACACACUGGACUCACACACACACACACACUGGACCGACACACACACCCUGAACACACACACAUAAACACACACUGGAAACACACACACACUGGACGCACACUCACAUUGCACACACACACUGGACAAACACACACACUGGGCAAAGACACACACACACUGGGCAAAGACACACACACACACACUGGACAAACACAUACACACACACACAAUUGGACACACACAGGCUGGACAAACACAGGCUGGACAAACACACACACUGAACACACACACUGGACACACACACACUGAACACACACUGGACUCACACACACACACUGGACUCACAAAGACACACACACACACACACACACACACUGGACUCACACACACACUGCACUCACACACACACACUGGACUCACACACACACACACACACACUGGACUCACUCACACACACACACACCCUGAACACACACUGGACUCACUCACACACACACACACACACACACACACACUGGACCGACACACACACCCUGAACACACACACACACUGGAAACACACACACACUGGACGCACAAUCACAUUUCACACACACACACUGGACAAACACACACACACUGGACAAACACACACACACUGAACACACACUGGACAGACACACACACACACACACACACUGGACAAACACACACACACACACACACACACACACACUGGACAAACACACAAACACACACACUAGACACAAACAAACACACACACGCUAGACACACACACACACACACUGGACAGACACACACACACACACACACUGGACAGACACACACACACACACUGGACAGACACACACACACACACUGGACAGACACACACUGAACACACACACACUGGGCAAAGACACACACACACACACACACACACACACACACACACACACUGGACUCACACUGGACUCACACACACACACACACACACACUCACUCACACACACUGGACUCACACACACCCUGAACACACACUGGACUCACACACACACACACACUGGACCGACACACACACCCUGAACACACAUACAUAAACACACACUGGAAACACACACACACUGGACGCACACUCACAUUGCACACACACACUGGACAAACACACACACUGGGCAAAGACACACACACACUGGGCAAAGACACACACACACACACUGGACAAACACACACACACACACACAAUUGGACACACACAGGCUGGACAAACACAGGCUGGACAAACACACACACUGAACACACACUGGACUCACACACACACACUGGACUCACACACACACUGCACUCACACACACACACUGGACUCACACACACACACACACACUGGACUCACUCACACACACACACACACUGGACCGACACACACACCCUGAACACACACACACACUGGAAACACACACACACUGGACGCACAAUCACAUUUCACACACACACACUGGACAAACACACACACACUGGACACAAACACACACACACUGAACACACACACUGAACACACACUGGACAGACACACACACACACACACACACUGGACAAACACACACACACACACACACACACACACACUGGACAAACACACAAACACACACACUAGACACAAACAAACACACACACGCUAGACACACACACACACACACACUGGACAGACACACACAUACACACACACUGGACAGACACACACACACACACUGGACAGACACACACACACACACUGGACAAACACACACUGAACACACACACACUGAACACACACACACUGGGCAAAGACACACACACACACACACACACACACACACACACACACACACACACACACACACACACACAAUUGGACACACACACACACUGGACAAACACACACACUGGACAAACACACACUGAACACACACACACUGAACACACACACACACUGGGCAAAGACACACACACACACACACACACAAUUGGACACACACACACUGGACAAACACACACUGAACACACACACACACACACACACACACACACACACACACUGGGCAAAAAAACACACACACACACACACACUGGACACAAACACACACACUGAACACACACACACUGGGCAAAGACACACAUGCUAGACACACACACACACACACACACACUGGACAAGCACACAAACACAGACACACACACACUGAAAACACACACACGCUAGACACACACACACACACACUGGACACAAACACACACACACACACACACACACUGGACACACACACACACACACACUGGACACAAACACACACACACUGAACACACACACACUGGGCAGAGACACACACACACACAAUUGGACACACACACACACACACACACACUGGACACACACACACACACUGAACACACACACACACACACACACACAGACACUGAACACACACACACACACACACUGAACACACACACACACACACACACUGGGCAGAGACACACACACACACAAUUGGACACACACACACACACUGGACACACACACACACACACACACACUGAACACACACACACACACUGAACACACACACACACACACUGAACACACACACACACUAGACACACACACACACUGAACACACACACACACACACUAGACACACACACACUGAACACACACACACACACACACACUGAACACACACACACUGAACACACACACACACACUGAACACACACACACACACACUGAACACACACACACACUAGACACACACACACACACUGAACACACACACACACACUAGACACACACACAUACACACACACACACACUGAACACACACACACACACACUAGACACACACACACACUGAACACACACACACACACACUGGACACAAACACACACACACUGAACACACACACACUGGGCAGAGACACACACACACACAAUUGGACACACACACACACACACACUGGACACACACACACACACACUGAACACACACACACACAUACUGAACACACACACACACUGAACACACACACACACACACACACACACUAGACACACACAGACACUGAACACACACACACACACACACACACACUGAACACACACACACACACACACUGAACACACACACACUGAACACACACACACACACACUGAACACACACACACACUUGACACACACACACACACUGAACACACACACACACACACUUGACACACACACACACACUGAACACACACACACACACACACACACACACACACUGGACAAACACACACAUGCUGGACAAACACACACACUGGUCUCACAAACACACACACACAUACUGGACAAACACACACACUGGACACACACACACACACACACACACUGAACACACACACACACUGAACACACACACACACACACACACACUGAACACACACACACACUGAACACACACACACACACACACUGGACAAACACACACAUGCUGGACAAACACACACACUGGACUCACAAACACACACACACACACUGGACAAAAACACACACACACACACACACACUGGACAAACACACACACUGGACACAAACAAACACACACAAGCUAGACACACACACACCAACUGGACAAACACACAAACUAGACACAAACAAACACACACACGCUAGACACACACACACACACACACACACUGGACAGACACACUGGACAGACACACACACACACUGGACAGACACACACACACACACUGGACAGACAUGCACACACACACUGGAUAGAGACACACACACAGUGGACAGACACACACACACUGGACAAACACAUACACACUGAACACACACACACUGAACACACACACACUGGGCAAAGACACACACACACACAAUUGGACAUACACACACACUGGACAAACACACACACACACACACACACACUGGACAAGCACACAAACACACACACUAGACACAAACAAACACACACACGCUAGACACACACACACACACACACACUGGACAGACACACACACACACACACACACUGGACAGACACACACACACACACUGGACAGACACACACACACACACUGGACAGACACACACUGAACACACACACACUGGGCAAAGACACACACACACACACACACACACACACACACACACACACAAUUGGACACACACACACACUGGACAAACACACACACUGGACAAACACACACUGAACACACACACACUGAACACACACACACUGGGCAAAGACACACACACACACACACACACACACACACACACACACACACACUGGACAAACACACACACUGGACAAACACACACUGAACACACACACACUGAACACACACACACACUGGGCAAAGACACACACACACACACACACACAAUUGGACACACACACACUGGACAAACACACACUGAACACACACACACACACACACACACACACACUGGGCAAAAAAACACACACACACACACACACACUGGACACAAACACACACACUGAACACACUGGGCAAAGACACACAUGCUAGACACACACACACACACACACACUGGACAAGCACACAAACACAGACACACACACACUGAACACACACACACGCUAGACACACACACACACACACUGGACACAAACACACACACACACACACACUGGACACACACACACACACACACACUGGACACACACACACACACACACUGGACACAAACACACACACACUGAACACACACACACUGGGCAGAGACACACACACACACAAUUGGACACACACACACACACACACACACACUGGACACACACACACACACUGAACACACACACACACACACACACACUAGACACACACAGACACUGAACACACACACACACACACACUGAACACACACACACACACACACUGGGCAGAGACACACACACACACAAUUGGACACACACACACACACUGGACACACACACACACACACACACACUGAACACACACACACACACUGAACACACACACACACUGAACACACACACACACUAGACACACACACACACUGAACACACACACACACACAAUAGACACACACACUGAACACAGACACACACACACACACACACACUGAACACACACACACACACUGAACACACACACACACACACUGAACACACACACACACUAGACACACACACACACACUGAACACACACACACACACACUAGACACACACACACACACACUGAACACACACACACACACACUAGACACACACACACACUGAACACACACACACACACACUGGACACAAACACACACACACUGAACACACACACACUGGGCAGAGACACACACACACACAAAUGGACACACACACACACACACACUGGACACACACACACACACUGAACACACACACACACAUACUGAACACACACACACACUGAACACACACACACACACACACACACUAGACACACACAGACACUGAACACACACACACACACACACACACACUGAACACACACACACACACUGGGCAGAGACACACACACACACACAAUUGGACACACACACACACACACACACACACACUGAACACACACACACUGAACACACACACACACACACUGAACACACACACACACUUGACACACACACACACACUGAACACACACACACACACACUUGACACACACACACACACACUGAACACACACACACACACACACUGGACAAACACACACAUGCUGGACAAACACACACACUGGUCUCACAAACACACACACACAUACUGGACAAACACACACACUGGACACACACACACACACACACACACUGAACACACACACACACUGAACACACACACACACACACACACACUGAACACACACACACACUGAACACACACACACACACACACACUGGACAAACACACACAUGCUGGACAAACACACACACUGGACUCACAAACACACACACACACACUGGACAAAAACACACACACACACACACACACUGGACAAACACACACACUGGACAAAAACAAACACACACAAGCUAGACACACACACACCAACUGGACAAACACACAAACUAGACACAAACAAACACACACACGCUAGACACACACACACACACACACACUGGACAGACACACUGGACAGACACACACACACACUGGACAGACACACACACACACACACACUGGACAGACACGCACACACACACUGGAUAGAGACACACACACAGUGGACAGACACACACACACUGGACAAACACAUACACACUGAACACACACACACUGAACACACACUCACUGGGCAAAGACACACACACACACAAUUGGACACACACACACACUGGACAAACACACAAACACAGACCCACACACACUGAACACACACACACGCUAGACACACACACACACACACACACUGGACACAAACACACACACACUGGACACAAACACACACACACACACUGGACACAAACACACACACUGAACAUACACACACUGGGCAAAGACACACAUGCUAGACACACACACACACACACACACACUGGACAAGCACACAAACACAGACACACACACACUGAACACACACACACGCUAGACACACACACACACACUUUACACAAACACACACACACUGAACACACACACACACACACUGGACACACACACCCACACACACUGAACACACACACACACACUGAACACACACACACACACACACACUAGACACACACACACACUGAACACACACACACACUAGACACACACAGACACUGGACACACACACACACACACACACACACACUAGACACACACACACACACACACUAGACACACACACACACACACACACACACUAGACACACACACACACACACACACACACUAGACACACUGAACACACACACACUAGACACACUGAACACACACACACACACACUAGACACACACACACUAGACACACUGAACACACACACACACACUAGACACACACACACUAGACACACACACACACUAGACACACACACACUAGACACACACACACACACACACACACUGAACACACACACACACACACACACACUGGACAAACACACACAUGCUGGACAAACACACACACUGGACUCACAAACACACACACACAUACUGGACAAAAACACACACACACACACACUGGACAAACACACACACUCUUCUUCCUAAAAUUGUGACCUUGACCCAGGACCUCUUACAAUAACAUGUAUUUUAUGUUGAAUAACAAAUUGUACAAUUAUAUACAAUUAUAUAUGGACAUACGCUCCAUAGUUGUACAAGUAUACAAGGAUAUAUUGUACUUUUCAUAAUAAAACACACUUGAAACAAGAAAA